UGAAGAAGAGGUGGGGAAAGAGGGAGGGAGAGAGAGAGCGAGCGGACUGGAUGAACGAGACUUGUUUUAAGCUGAGGAGCGAGUGAGCCAGCAUCCAGUGUGGGAGCGAAGGACGACCCGGCGAGUUUCAAGUGACCGGGCGGAGCUGCUGCCUCUUUCAAGAGUCACAUUGAGCACCUGAGCGGUCUGAGUACUGCCUCCUCGCCAUCCUCUGCCUAUAACUUGAGCACAGCCAUUCAAUGUCACCACUUCUACUUUGACUUUGAGCCCUGAGAAGUCUGGAACAAGUCCCGGCAGGCUCUGAGGGAGACAUCCGCGACGCCUCAAUAUGUACCAGGGGCAUUUACAGGGCAAAGACUCUAGGGCUGCAGAUAAGACUGUUGCCAUGGUCCUGAAGGAGAUACCAAGUAAGGCGUCAUCAGAAGGGAAGCCCCUCCUCACGGUGACUAACAAGCUGGUGGGUGAGCAACAAGAGAGUCGCCCACUUCUGAGUCCAUCCAUUGACGAUUUCCUUUGCGAGACCAAGUGUGAUGGGCUUUCCCGACCAGUGACCUCUAACACUGCAGUUUUGUCGUCAACAUUGGACCUACUGGACCUCAGUGAGCCAAGUGAGCAGAAAAACAACAAAGACAGGAAGAGUCCUCGUUCGUCCCGGCGUGAAAAGCAAAACAGUCCGCACAGGAAAAAGACCGCUGAGACAGAACUGAUCCAGGUGGAGACGGAACAGAGCACGCGGACACCAGAGAGGGUGUCACUGGACUCCGCUAACAUUGGUUCACCUUUGGAUAAAUGGGAAGACUUGAACCCCAACCCUGAGCGAAACGGCAACAGGAGGUGGAAAUUGGAGAGACGGCGUUCAUCUAAAAACUCUUCAAAUGAAUUUCUAUGGUCCAUUGACUGUAAAACCCCAUUAGAGCCAUUGAGUAAGAACUCUGUGGAGGCAAACACCAAAGUGGAGCCAGAGUCUGCUCUAGCAUCUCAACUCAACAGACAGUAUAUUAGUGGAAGACAUGCUCGUCUAACCAAGGAUCAGAGGUGGGGCAGCGCCCUCCUGUCCAGACAUCAGUCCCUAGAAGAGGAGUUUGAGCGAGCCAAGGCUGCUGUGGAGUCGGAUACAGAGUUCUGGGAUAAGAUGCAGGCAGAGUGGGAGGAACUGGCACGGCGAAACUGGCUGACGGAAAAUGAACAAGCCCAGAUACCCUCCACAGUCUCGCCUUAUGAGAAGGGUUACUACUUCCACACAGAUAAUCCCUAUAAGGACUUGCCUAAUGCGUUUGAGGAAGGGCUGAAGAAGUCUCGAGAAGGAGACUUGCCAAAUGCGGUGCUUAUGCUGGAAGCGGCCGUCUUGCAGGACCCUCACGAUUCAGAGGCGUGGCAAGUGCUGGGGACAACGCAGGCCGAAAAUGAGAAUGAACAGGCAGCAAUUGUCUCCCUUCAGAGGUGCUUGGAGCUCCACCCCAACAACCUGCCGGCUCUCAUGGCCGUGGCGGUGAGCCUGACCAACACGGGCAUGCGUUAUGAGGCGUGCGAGGCUCUGCUUCGCUGGCUAAGACACAACCCGAAAUACAAACAGCUCCUGAAGGGCAAAAAUCACCUUGUGGGAUCCCCAAACUCCCAGCGCAGGUUGUCCUAUGCACCCAACAUGGGCAGGCAUGAAAGCGCCAUGCUACCUGAGGUCAAGGAACUUUUCCUGGAAGCAGUCCAGCACAAUUCGGACACCGUUGACCCGGACUUGCAGACGGGCCUCGGGGUGCUUUACAACCUCAGCGGAGAGUUCAACAAAGCGGUGGACGCAUUCAACACGGCCUUGUCGGUGCGGCCUGAGGAUUAUUUGCUGUGGAACCGGCUAGGGGCCACUCUGGCAAACGGAGACCGGAGCGAGGAGGCGGUGGAGGCGUACACACGAGCUUUGGAACUGCAGCCGGGAUUUAUCCGGUCCCGCUACAACCUGGGAAUCAGCUGCAUUAACCUCGGAGCACACAGAGAGGCGGCAAGCAACUUCCUAACAGCCCUCAGCCUUCAACGGAAAAGCCGGAGUCGGCAGCAGUCACACCAGGUCAUGUCUGGAAACAUAUGGGCCGCUCUCCGGAUAGCUUUAUCCAUGAUGGACCAGCCCGAACUCUUCCAGGCUGCAAACAUAGGUGACCUGGAUCUUCUCAUGAGAGCCUUUAACUUAGACAUAUGAGGAAUUGGAAGCUGGUGACGACUGCAUUUCCUCAUCUUUCUUCUUGCCAGUAGCUCCAAACCCAAAGUGGACACAUGAGAAUGAACUGGAUGUAACGCAGGAGAUAUUACUUUUUUUUUGUAUGCACGUCGUCCACUCGGCUGUCUUGGAGCAGUUCUGAGGACAGGUUCUUCCAAGUGACUGCUUUGUGACGGAUUUGCACUGCAAUUUGCAAGUACCCUGAAGAGCACAAGGACGGGCGAAGAUUGUACGAGCAAUGCCUUAGAGAAUACGUCAAUUAAAAACAGGCUCACUCAUUGGAACAGAGCUGAACCACAAGAUCUCACCGAGGGAACGUCAUGUACAAUUUGCUGUUUGCACACAACCGAUGAGGUUUUGGGAAAACAAAGCUUUCCCCAACUCAAUUACUCAGAAAGAUUCAUGAGCUGAUUCAGCAGAAAAUCAUUCAGCAAAUGAAAACAAGUGCACCGUUUAACCUGGAGUUCACGUGACUCUUCCUGGCUUGGAAGUAUGUUCCCGCAUGACUUCAAAAGUUUCCCUAUUGCACUUGAGACAAACCGGUAACCUCCUCCAUCUCAUGUGGAAUGUGUAAGCCAGGUUGUGUAAGCCUUACUCAAAAGCAUGCCAACAACAUUUGGUGAUACUAUUUUUAUGGCAACACAAAAACAAUAAGCCAUUGCACUCUAUUUAUUACAUGACUAAACUGGUUUCACUUGCUUUGGUUUACUGCCGUUUUCUGAACUUGAAAUAUUUCUGAGCCAUUCAUUUGAUGUCUUUUUCAUUUUUUGACUCGAUCCCAGUUAACUUGUUUUUCUUCACAUUAUAGUAAAGGUUCCAAUGGUUUAAGCUUUUAAAACUUCAAGCAUUGCCUGUGUAACCAGGCAUAUUUUUUUAAAUGAACAUGCACAUCACAGUUUGAAACGGAAACCAUCAAAGCGAAGAGUUCCACCAAAAGAAGCGCAGUUCUGUUUUAUAAGUAUUGAGAUGCUAUUCUCAUACUGUGGUAGGAAAAAGUAUCUGAAUCUUUUGGAAUUUCUCACAUUUCUGCAUAAAGCCACCAUCAAAUGUGAGCUAAUCUUUAUCAAAAUCACACAGAUGUAAAAACAGUGUCUGCUUUAACUAAAACCACCCAAACACUUAUAGGUUUUCAUAUUUUAAUAAGGAUAGCAUGCAAACAAUGACAGAAGGCGGAGAAAUAAGUAAGUGAACCCUCUGCCUAAGGAGACUUAAAGAGCAAUUUAAACAAAUUUUUACCAAACAAUUUAAGUCAGGUGUGUGCCCAAUCACUGAUGAGUGGUUUAAAGUGGCCCUGCCCACUAUAAAACACACACCUGAUAAGAAUUGUCUUGAUGAGAAUCAUUGUCUGAUGUGCAUCAUGGCUCGGUCAAAAGAGCGGUCUGAAGACCUGCGAUCAAGGAUUGUUGAUUUGUAUAAAGCGUGGAAAGGAUACAAAACCAUCUCUGAAAGUAUGGAUGUUCAUCAAUCGACAGUCAGAGAAGUUGUCUACAAAUGGAAAGAGUUUGGCACUGUUGCUUCUCUCCCAAGGAGUGGCCAUCCACUAAAGAUGACACCAAGAGUUCAGCACAGAAUACUCAGAGAGGUAAAAAAAGAACCCUAGAGUGUCUGCUAAAAACUCACAGAAAUCACUGGCACAGUCCAAUAUCUCUGUGCAAACAUCAACUAUAUGCAAAACUAUGACCAAAAAUGGUGUUCAUGGGAGGACUCCACAGAGGAAGCCACUGCUGUCUAAAAAAAAAAAAAAACAUUGUUGCUCGUUUAAUGUUCACAAAAAGGCACGUGGACACCCCACAGAAGUUUUGGCAAAAUAUUUCGUGGACUGAUGAAAGUUGAAUUGUUUGGGAGUAACACACAACAUCAUGUGUGGAGGAAAAAUGGAGAAGCCCACCAACAUCAACACCUCAUCUCCACCGUGAAGCAUGGUGGAGGGAUCAUCAUGAUUUGGGGCUGUUUUGCUGCCUCAGGGCCUGGACACCUUGCAAUCAUUAAUGGAAGAAUACAAUCAAAAGUUUAUCAGGAUAUUUUCAGGAAAACCUGAGGCCUUCUGUCAGACAGUUAAAGCUAAAAAGAGGAUGGAUGCUUCAACAAGACAAUGAUUCGAAACACAGAGGUAAAUCAACUUCAUAAUGGUUUCAGAAGAACAAAAGACACGUUCUGGAGUGGCCAAGUCAAAGUCCAGACUUGAACCCCAUUGUGAUGCUGUGGCAUGACCUAAAGCGAUUCAUGCCAGACAUCCCAGGAAUCUGACUGAACUACAGCAGUUUUGUUGAGAAGGCUGGGCCAAGAUUAGUCAUGAUCGAUGUGCCAGACUGCUCUGCUGCUACAGGAAGCGUAUGGUUGAAGUUAUUGCUGCCAAAGGACGCUGGAGCACAAAAUGUCAAAUGUGAUGGUUCACUUACCUUUUUUCUCCCCUUCAUUGUUUGCAUACUAUCCUCAUUAAAAUAUGAAAACCUAUAAAUGUUUGGGUGGUUUUAGUUAAAACAGACAGUUGUUUUUCAUCUGUGUGAUUUUAAGAUCAGAUAACAUUUGACGGUGAUGUUAUGCAGAGAUGUGAGAACUUCCAAAAGGUUCAGAUACUUUUUCAUACCACUGUAGAAGGAUAAAAGAGUGUGGUACCUAUACUACCUACCUACGCAAAGGAAAAGUUAAUAUUCAUACAAAACUACACUGUUCUGCUUGGUGUAAAUAAGUCUUGUCACAAAUACAUGAUCGUAAGAAUCCAGAAAAGUCAACUAAUCGAAAAAGUUUUUCCACGUCUUCUGCAGGGCCAUUGUCUGAAAGCCACAAGGUAAAGUCAGCAACAUUCACUUUUCAGUGAAACAGAGUAAAUGAUAGCUCAUCUGCGUGACUUUACAUUUAGCUCAGCACCUGCCUGUUUAACAAGCGUGGCUGUGGCCCUGCCAUUCUGAAGAUGGGGAGUCGUGAGCAUGGUGGGGGGAAGGAGAGUAGUUCUAAUUCUAUGCAAAAGGUCAUGUUUUAUCUUCUGUGGACCUUACAAAAAAACACACUAAGAAUGCUAUCAAGGAAAGCCAGAGCCCAGUAUGAGACAUUAAUUUUUCCAAAUACAAAGCUGUAUCUAAAUAAGGAAAAGAAUUUCAUUAAGAAACUAAUGCAAGACAUGAGGAAGAGAUCAAACCAAUUCUGAAGAUACAUGCAACACAGUCCAUUAUACCUGUUGUAGCAUGUCAUGCAAAACAUCACAAUGGACCUAUUGCAAUACCACGCCACCAUAUUACAAAAGUCUGACACCUAGUCCCUGCUCUAUUUCAGUGUUUCCCAAUCUUGAUCAAGCACAGCCACAUUUAGGGGUCGUUUACAUGGUGAUGCACCGACAAAAACAACAAAACACGACCCAUUUCAUGUUUGCAUUUACAUGGUUCCGUCUCCUUUCGAGUGAUGUCGCAGUUCCGCGCCAUAGUUUAAGGGGGGGCCAGGGGUGCCAGCCCCCCCUGGGGGCUGAAAAGUGCUAUUGCAUCUAAUUGGCUUUCCUAUAUAUAAUUUUAAAAUUAAGCGUUUCCCGGUAAAAUAUGUCUAUAAAAGUUGUAAAGCAAUUAAAAAACAACAAAAAUAAAUGAAAUGAACAAAAAAAAAGAUAUUUUUAUAAUGGGUCAAAAUUAUUUUUCGAACAGGUCAUGUGACGAGCACCUUCAACAGUCAUUUGCUUUUCUUAGUCAAAGCCACCCUAGGACCGAAGAGGCAAGAUGGAUAUACGUUGUUUUUUCAAACCUACGCUUUUAACUCAUUCACUCCCAGCCAUUUUCACCGGAGCAAGGCCCUUCGCUCCCGGCUGUUUUACUGGGUUUUGAUUGAUUUUGCAAGGGCCACAGACAAUUCUGUUCUAUUGCUAUAUAAACAUGGAACCCACCAAAAGAAAGAUUAGACUCUCUUCCUCCAGCAGGGAAAAAAGUUAGUUCAUAUCUUUUUCCAUUCUUUAGAAAUCAGCACUAGAAAAUAGGUUAGUUUGAGCAAUUUUCCAAUUUCUGAUGAAAAAACAGAAACUGAGCUUUUGUGAAAGCAUACAUUUAAAACAUAACUUUGACUUUAACACAGCUAUUUUUUGCUUUAGUUACAUCCCAAACAUCUGAAUAAUGUUUUCCUUUUACACAAUAACAUAAACAAGACAAAUAGAGCUUUUGAUUGCAAAGUAACAAUUUAUUUACACAUAACUAACUAAGAGAUGACGCUGUUGUAGCCGCAGUCACGUAAACUUUUCCCUCAUCGCCGCCUGUCUCAUAAAGAUGGAUUUUUUUUUUUGAGUCUUUGUGGGGUCUGCUCGGCGAGCAGCACGGACUCAACGGCAUCGUCCGCUGCGCUGGUGGUCCCGGUUCUGCUCGGUCGUCCACCGCCUAGCAUUCCAGACGUCCUCUCGGGUGUUCUGCUUGGUCGUCCGCUGCCUGGCACCCUUCCGCCGGCGCCCCGGCUGUGCUGCCCGGCUGUUUGUUGCCGUUGAAUUGGGUUGCGGGUCUUAGCAAAUACGCUACUGCCCUCCAGUGGCCAGUUUUAUUGCUUUAAAAUGGAUUUUCAGCUUUGUGCUUUGGAGCUCAGUUGAAUUAGAACCCAGAUAUGUCUCUUAUGAAAAAAAAAACAUAAAAGACAUAUAAAUACGUCUUUGGGACACUGAAACAAUUAAAAACAGAACGUAUUUAUACGUUUUUGGAAGCAGAUGAGUUAAAAGCGACAACUACUGAGCAAGAACCAAGGAUUGAAAAUGUUGACCAUGAAACGCCAGAGAGCACCACCAAAAUGGUGAGCGGAGUUUCAAUUUGCCCCACUAAAGACGCUAAUUAUACAACAGAGCCAUCACCGGUGUCUUCACAAUGUAGUUACCCCCGUCAAAAAUUGUAUCCCCCGGCUGUGAGAGCGCACACACAAAUAUACUGGACUGUCUCAGAAAAUUAGAAUACACAAUAUUCUAAUUUUUUGAGACAGUCCUGCGUAUAUAUACAGGACUGUCUCAGGAAAUUAGAAUACACAAUAUUCUAAUUUCCUGAGACAGUCAGUAUUAGUUAUGAGUUAUAUGAACUUAAACAAAUAAUUGAAGCCAGAAAAGAACCACAGUUAUAUAUUUUGGACAUCGACGUUCAUUAAACUAGAGAAACUCCAUACAGGGCUUGAAUUACACUAUAACAGUUAUAGGUUAUCCUACAAGUAAAACAGUAAAACAUUGCCUUUUUUACGUUCUGUACGUAUGUUAUGUUAUACGACAAGGAAAAAAAGGUUUUUUUUGAUGGAUGGGCCAUGUUUUAAAACCUCAUAGAUAACUACAUCACUAAAACAUGGAAAUCAAGCAAAUCAGUGCAGCGCAGUGGCUCCGCCCAGGGGAUACAAUUUUUGAAGGAGGUAAUUAUAUUGGCACGACACUGGCAGGCGUACCAUUUUCAGUGGAUGACGAUUUUGGCGAAAAGUAUAACUGCAGUAUAGCAGCCUCAUUUAGAAUUCUAUUCAAGAAUGAAAAAAAAAAAAAACGCUCAUUUUCAACUUAUUAUUAUAAAUAUUGUUGUAAGUUAAUCUUAUUGCUGACACUGCAUUUCGGGGUCAUCAACAUGCUGUGCCCCCCCGCCCCAAAAGUCAAACUCCGCCUAUAGACCCUACUCACCAACGUCACAGAAUGACGUGUCGCUGUAUCCGGCCGCCAUAUUGUCCGUCUCCGUUUAGCCCUAUUCUCAAUGGUUUCAAUUAGUUGUUCAGUUUAUAGAGCAAUUCAUGGAAGCCCCGGUGCUUUCAGACACUGUAAACUCAUUGGAUGCGUUGCAUAUAAGGCGUUAUGUGGAAAAGCUUCAGUCUAUCCAUUCGCCAGAUCCAUAUUUGAUGCCUAAAUCGAUAUUUUUUGACCCGCAGUCUUCGCCCUCUCUGCCUGACAUCUGCUACCCUGAUAUCUACAACUAUCUUGUCCACACAAAAUCAGCCUAUUCUCACGAAAGUUUGAAAAACUUUAAGAGCAGCACUCUAAGCAACAUUACCCUGUGUGAUUUCUAAAAUGGCGACAAUCAAAAAAAAAAAAAAAAGUUGACUGCGAUGGACGACGCUUCAAGGAUAGGUGGAUAUUGGACUAUUUCUUCAGUAAAAUAUGCAACAACUGUGUCUGCCUCAUUUGCAAAGAGACAGUCGCUGUUUUCAAAGAGUUCGAUGUGACGCAAUAUUACUAAACAAGACACGCUGACAUGUACAACAACAUUACAGGGAAGAUACGCAGCGAGAAAUUAUAGCAACUUGAAGCUAGUUUUAUUUUUUCACAGCAGCAGUAUUUCGCAAGAGUCCGAGUGUCAAAAGAGAAAGCCAAAAAGACGAGACUGUUGAAAUUAUGAAUUAAAAAAUAAUAAUAAAGCAAAUGUGACACACAGAAGGGCUUGCUAAAAUUUGUUUAAAUAUAUUGUUCUAUGUAAAUCAGCCAAGGUAGCCCCCCGCAUUUUUACCACACCAAAUCUGGCCCCCUUUGCAAAAGGUUUGGACACACCUGUUUAACUGAUGAUCCGUAGACGAGGCCAACUUCUUUCACUUGGUACCAGCUAAAUAUUAUUCAAAAUGUAAUGAUGGUGGAAGAAAGAAGGAUCUUGAAUUUGAAACUGUAUGUUGUCAGUGAUUAGCCUCGCAGUGAUCUUAAUUGUGGUUGUCAGCCCAAAACCCUCUAAAUAUAUAUUAAAUGCAUCUUACCAGAUAUAAAAUGACUACUACAUAAUCCGUGGUAAUUGUUUGGAGCCCAGUUUUCUCGUCGAAUUGCAGCAGUCCAUCUCGCUCUCCUCUCCGAGUCUCUCGGAAUACGGUAGAACUUCAAUUCCCUCCGUCUAUCUUCUCUGUUAUUGCAACCAACCGCCACACAGGCCUUCACCAUUUUGAUUAUUAAUGUUAACGAGCAGAAAAACACGCCAUAAUAGGAGGAAUUUACGUAGCGGUAAUGUAUCAACACGACGAGUAGACGGACAAUAUGGCGCGGAGGCGUGGUUGUGACGUCAUGUGAGUAGGGUCUAUUCCGUCACCGUGUAAAGGCGAGCUCAUUCCGCAACACAAUCAAUGCGCCUUGGUGUCGCAGCGUCACCAUGUAAAUGGCCCUUUAGCUUUUAAAAAUUUCCGAACAACUACUAAACAAAAAUGUCACUAUAUAUAUAAACCAUAUAGGCCUACUACAAUAAUUGCAUAUUAAUAACCAAUUCAUUAAAUGAAUGUGAAUACUGGGUCGAUUAGAUUAACACAACACUAGUAUAGUACGAAUAAUAGUUCAACAAAGAUGCAUUUUUAUGUUAAAUAAAUAAUAUUUGGACUAAGCGAAUUUGGAUAUUUUCCCCUGCCACAUAUGAUAAUUGUCUCACGGUCACUUCAGUGGUUGAUAAUAAUUGCUCUACUUUCUGAGAAUGGUCUGUCAGAGGUCAACUGAUGUUGGCUUGGUUUACAACCUCCAUUCUAGUUAAUCCCCAGAUGUCCAGUUUUUAAUGUGAUUCUUCCACAUGAAAUGCAUACAAGGGACCUUACUUUGAGCUUUCAGGCACAAUCACCUCACAGGACAGGACAACUCUUUUCUUAGAGUUGGAAGUUGUCCAAAGGAUUUUGAUAUAAUUAAAAUUUUGAGGGACUAAAACAGUCAUACUUAAUUGUUGAUUCGCUCAUUAAUUCAUUCCAAAAUGUGUCCUACGAGUCAGCAUUUUACAGCCAGAAAAAGUCAGGAGUGGAAACAGUUCGUCACCACUUCGUGCGACCAUAAUCCAAUCAGGAGAAGCCCACUAGAAAAUGUUUUAUCUUGUCCAAACAUUUUCUCAUUGACGCUUUACUCCACUGUCCUUGUUAUUUCAAAGAUCUACUUUAAAUGCAGUCACAUAAAAAUGGUCGGAUGAGUCUUUUGUGCUUCUGCGUCACAGCUGGCCAGCACAUCUGUGUGUUUUACCGGCCUCCCCCACACUGUCCUACAUGCCGACAUUGCCAGAUACCCGCAAACUGGCCAAAACAAGCCUCCAUGCACCAUUCUUUUUCUUACAAUAGACGUAUGGCAGUUGUUAAGAAACAGGAAAGCAUUCAGCGGUGGCUCGAAACUGUAACGAUGAUGUCCGUUUAAAAAAAAAAAAAAAUCCAAUCUAGUUUUCUGAUCAAGGUUUGUGGGCCUUUGCUGUUUUUUGCUUGAAAUGAAGAAGUUAUUUUUCUAAAGAAACCUCGGAUGGCAUACUGUAUUGCAUUGAAUGUCAGUAGAAGCAACUUGUUGAAGCCUCUCAGGUGAACUAUCAUAGCGCAUGCUCCUGAGGAACAAGACGAGCUUGAUCGCAUGCCAGACAUUGACAUUGAGUUUGUAUGCAUGAACAAUGUGAGACCGUUUUCUUUUAUUCCCAGUAAUUUAUCAGCAUAUCAAUUUAAAUCUCAUAGCAGUAUGUUUGCAAUUAAAAAGCGCAUAUACGUACAUUUAUAUACACACUGUAAAAUGCUACGGUUAGACUGAGCAGCUGCUGAAAGGAGACAUUCAUGAAUAAAAACGUAACUAGGAAGCUCACUAGUGCAUUACAUCAAUAUUGCUAGGAAUUUUUCAAUUGUGAUUUAUACAAAACUACUGAUAACAUUUUCUAAUAACCCCAACCAUUAAAGCAAUACAUUAUUCCACAUGUGUUUUCAUUGUUAAAAUGAAUCCUGAAUGUUUGGACAAUAAAUGAGUUCAAAUCAUUUUCAUUGCAACUACUUUAUCACAUGGAGUUGUAACAUUGUAUAGGCACAAGAAUGUAGUCAAAGACGAAGACAGCCCAUUUCAAUGAUAGAGUGUGGAGACAAAGGACAUACCUGGUAUAGUGAUAUUUCAAGUACUGUAUGUAUCAUUUAUAAGUUUGUUUAUUUAUGUGAAGAAAGACCAGUUAGGAAAACAUUGAGAAUAAUAAUUAUCCUAUUCAUUAUAACUCGGGCCCCCGGCCACGGAAACAGCAACAGCCGAACCAAAUGGUGUUCCGCUGGCACCGCUCCCGCAAGUCGGCCGUGAGGGGCCAAUUCCGCGCGUCCACACCGGUGUUAACCCUUUGUACUGACCCCAUUUUGAUCGGUUUAAAGAAGGCUCACCGAAAACAGGUUGACAAUUUAUUCAUUGACAAUGGUCAAAAACAAGGCAAAAACAGACGACGGAGAGACAAUGCUGGAUCUACUGUCGGCAAAACAAUGGAUACAUCGGAAUGUUCCCGAGAAGCGACAGUUAUUAUCUAAAUGUUCAGUCUUUUGAAAGCUCUCGCGGUGCGGGCCGUGGGCAGGAAGAAGGGUGUGAAGAAGGAAGAAAAAGGGCGUGUGUGGGAUUAUUGUGUUUUGUUGAUUGGACAAGAGGAUUUGGGCGUUACUGUUGUCCAGGCAGCGAGGAUGUGGAUUCUGCCCCCUCAGCGUCAAAGGGGGCUCUUGGAAUCUUGUCAGUUGUGUUAUCAGUUGGAUAUCGGGCAUUCUCCGAUGCUACUUCUUUUAGGACAGAACGCCCUGCUCUUUGUCCUGGAGUGCCCGGGAGAACUGAUUGCGAGAGUCGGUGCGUCAAUCUUGCUCAUGACGCACGUUGGGCUUCUGUGAUAAGAUGGCGUUGUGUAUCUUUUAUGCCCUCUAUUCUGGUUCUUUUCAUUAAACUAUUGUAUAAGUGCUAUUUAUUUUAUAUUAGGUGCGUUAGAGUAAUACAAACAGUCCUACAGUAAAUAUUAAAAACGAUACUAUUCCCUGAUUGAUUAUAUUGUGUUAGAGUAAUGCAAACAGUUAUAUGGUGUUUGCGAGAAAGGUAACUAUUCCCUUCAUAAAGUAUAUACAUAUACUGUAUGUCAGUGGUCACCAACUAUCGGCUGGGGACAAGUACCGAUCUGUGGCGCAUAUGCUACCAGGCCAUACAAAAAUAAUAAAUAAUUUAUUAACGACCGCAUUCUGGCCUGUAUCACCAUUCUGCUUGCCUACUCUACGGACUAAUUUGAGUAGAGAUAUGUGGACGUUGCCCUCUAGUGGUGGCCACCAAUACAAAGGUGUUUACACAUCUCAGUAGCAGCCCAGCGUCAGUCAGUGUAAACAGUAACGUUCGCUAUCUGCUGCGGGUGGUACACCUCAGCCAUAGACUUCACCAUCAUUUGAUGAGGCAGCUCCUACAGACUGCUUCGCCUAGGGGGCCAGGUUAGGCAGAGUGUUGUGGCGGCUUUCACUGUGAUAAACACGCUGCGUUCUAACGCCGAACAAGUGGAAACAAGACGAAAGUUUUAGUGCAUACAAGCAGGCAGAAGUGUCUCGAGAGUGGUUUGGUCAAGGAUUCAAGGUAAAUAUGAUAUAAAAUAGCAUCAUGCGUGCGCUUUGAAACGUUGUGAAAAAAAUGUAAUGAAUGGGAAAAAAAUAGGGUAACUUUAGCUUGUAAUAUUAAUGUAAAAUGAACGAUAACUGCCCGUUUUUUUGCUUCUAACCAAGAAUCUAGACUGUAAUCCAUACUGUAUCUAUAGAAAUGCCAGGAUUUACGCAUUCAUUUAAAGAAUUUUCAUCUUGUUAUACUUACAUAAAAACGUAUUUAAUCGGGAUUUUAUUAGGGAACAACCUUGAAUUUUUCGAUGCGGCUCCUCAUGUAGACUCAAAGGGAGGUGCCUUUUGAAAAUAUUUGAAUUGUAAGUUGUUGUUUUUUAAAUAGGCCCACUGCCUAUCGGCCCCGAGACCCGUUUCCUGUUAACUGUUGGUGAAGUCUAUUCCUCAGCAAUGGUGGACGGGGUUCUUCCAGUCGUUUUGCUCAGAUUCGUUAAUAGAUAUAAUAAUAAAACUGGAUAGGAUGUCAUCAUCAAAAUCAACUAGAGCUAGCAUCCAUUUUGUUAUAUCUAUGUUUGCUUGUCCUCGAUAAUGAUGUAUGAUGUAGGCGCAUAAGAUCUAUUCCCGGAAAUAAUAAGCCCACAUGCAAGCAAAGAUGACUGAAAAAUAGUCUUUGGACAGCUUUUUACGGGGAAAAGCCCACCUGACGAGUCAGAAGAGGAGCCGACGCCAAGUCCACUCUGCAUAAUAUGUGGCCAAAAGGCAAUGAAGCCUUCAAAGCUGCUUCAGCACAUAGAGACUAAGCACACUGGAAUAAUGGACAAGCCUUUGGAAUUUUUUUAAACAAAAAAGCGGGAGCACGAAGGAUGGAGAAAAUUAGUGAGGGCCACCACAUUAACAAAAGCGAAUGCACUGAGAGCAUCAUAACUCGUGGCGAACUGUAAUGCUAAAGCAAAGAAACCUUUAACGACUGGAGAACUUAUCAUGCCUGCGACCAAUGAUAUUUGUCGUCAAUUUUUAGAAGAGGCCGGUGUUAAAAAAAGGUUGAUUCAGCAUCUGGUGAGGUGCACUUAAUGUUCGUUUUCAGCCCCAUUGUGUUAUUUUACUGUAAUUUCUUAAAUAUAAGGCGCACCUGUGUAUAGCACGCACCCCAAAUUUACUUGUAAAAUAUAGGGAAAAUUAUUGUAGCCGUGUAUAACGCGCACCCUAAUUUUAGCACCAAUAAAUAGAAGAAUACAAGAAAACAGAGCUUAUGUACAGAUACAGAAAUGUCAUUUUACUGACUGGUGAAACACAGCACAAGCAUAGCACAUUGGUAGUUCAAAACAUUACCGUAAACUGACAAUAUGUACAGUAAUAUUAUGAUCUGACAACUUCUCCAACUUACCAGAAUCCAGGAGAAAACAAAACAGAUGUGACUUUUCUUUUAAAAGCUGCUGUAUAACUUGCUUGUUUCAUCAUGAUGAAUAAAUGUUUCUUCCAUGGAUAGAUACGGUAAAAUAAGUGUGAGGACUGAAGUCGGAAAUCGGAAGGAGCGCAUCGCUGUAGACUGUAACAAGAGGAACUAUUAUUAUUUGGGUUUGAGUUUCCCGAGGGACAGAUAUAGUUGACGGACACAGGAAGUCUGUGUUGUGUUACGUUUGUCAUGGUCCGAGUUGCAAUAAACGUUGACUCAAAUGAGUUCAAGAAACUAAAUUCUGUGCUUUAUGAAGAGUGAAAAAAGCAGAAUUUAACACAGACGAAAUCAUUUGACCAAUCAGAGUGAAGUAUUACGGAAACAAAAUGGUGACGUCAUGUACCAUAAUGGUCGGCAAAGGAUAGCCGCAUACGUUUCCAACGCAACAUGGCCGUGUCAAUAAAAGAAGAAGAAAAAAAUCGGUCAUUAUAUAUAUAUAUAUAUACAGUGCCUUGCAAAAGUAUUCGGCCCCCUUGAAUCUUGCAGCCUUUCGCCACAUUUCAGGCUUCAAACAUAAAGAUAUGAAAUUUAAUUUUUUUGUCAAGAAUCAACAACAAGUGGGACACAAUCGUGAAGUGGAACAACAUUUAUUGGAUAAUUUAAACUUUUUUAACAAAUAAAAAACUGAAAAGUGGGGCGUGCAAUAUUAUUCGGCCCCUUUACUUUCAGUGCAGCAAACUCACUCCAGAAGUUCAGUGAGGAUCUCUGAAUGAUCCAAUGUUGUCCUAAAUGACCGAUGAUGAUAAAUAGAAUCCACCUGUGUGUAAUCAAGUCUCCGUAUAAAUGCACCUGCUCUGUGAUAGUCUCGGGGUUCUGUUUAAAGUGCAGAGAGCAUUAUGAAAACCAAGGAACACACCAGGCAGGUCCGAGAUACUGUUGUGGAGAAGUUUAAAGCCAGAUUUGGAUACAAAAAGAUUUCCCAAGCUUUAAACAUCUCAAGGAGCACUGUGCAAGCCAUCAUAUUGAAAUGGAAGGAGCAUCAGACCACUGCAAAUCUACCAAGACCCGGCCGUCCUUCCAAACUUUCUUCUCAAACAAGGAGAAAACUGAUCAGAGAUGCAGCCAAGAGGCCCAUGAUCACUCUGGAUGAACUGCAGAGAUCUACAGCUGAGGUGGGAGAGUCUGUCCAUAUGACAACAAUCUAUAUGCUCAUGCUCACCCACACUUGCCUUUUCAUAGUGAUCUCCUAUUAUUAGAUCUGUGUGUGCACGCGACUGCUGAUGAAUGUGAGAAGAGGAAAUACUUGUACAUAGUCAGAGAAGGCCCAGCUCCGGGGAAUGCUUGCAGUCAUAUCUGGUUCUAGGCUUUAUUAUUUUUUAAGAAGUUGUAUUUUUUUUGCACAAAUCUGGCCUUUAUGGAAGAGUGGCAAGAAGAAAGCCAUUUCUCAAAGAUAUCCCUAAAAAGUCUGGUUUAAAGUUUGCCACAAGCCACCUGGGAGACACACCAAACAUGUGGAAGAAGGUGCUCUGGUCAGAUGAAACCAAAAUUGAACUUUUUGGCCACAAUGCAAAACGAUAUGCUUGGCGUAAAAGCAACACAGCUCAUCACCCUGAACACACCAUCCCCACUGUCAAACAUGGUGGUGGCAGCAUCAUGGUUUGGGCCUGCUUUUCUUCAGCAGGGACAGGGAAGAUGGUUAAAAUUGACGGGAAGAUGGAUGCAGCCAAAUACAGGAACAUUCUGGAAGAAAACCUGUUGGUAUCUGCACAAGACCUGAGACUGGGACUGAGAUUUAUCUUCCAACAGGACAAUGAUCCAAAACAUAAAGCCAAAUCUACAAUGGAAUGGUUCAAAAAUAAACGUAUCCAGGUGUUAGAAUGGCCAAGUCAAAGUCCAGACCUGUAUCCAAUCGAGAAUCUGUGGAAAGAGCUGAAGACUGCUGUUCACAAACACUCUCCAUCCAACCUCACUGAGCUCGAGCUGUUUUGCAAGGAAGAAUGGGCAAGAAUGGCAGUCUCUCGAUGUGCAAAACUGAUAGAAACAUACCCCAAAGUUGGUGCUACAAAGUAUUAACGCAAGGGGGCCAAAUAAUAUUGCACGCCCCACUUUUCAGUUUU